GGCAAUUCGCGUAAUUUCCCACGGAAUAGGUGGCAUUAACCAAACCCGUCCAUAUCGCAAGAACGUGAAAAAAAGCCACACGCGCUCUAAGCCUCCACCUCUCCCACCCCAACUGCUCACCAAGCCCUAAUUCCAUUCCUCUUCUUCAACCGAAGCACCCCUCCAAAUCCGAACCCUAAGCUUCUCUAAAGUCCAUUCAGAAUUCUCCUCCGAGAUGGCUGGCGAGCAGUGAAAUCCUCCCACUCCCCGCCCCACUGCGGGCUCCUGCCGUUGGAACGAUGUCCCUGGACGGCGCCGUUGAGAGGAGGGAGGACCCGCCGGCGGGGAACGGGAAUGGGAACGGGGCGGUGGCUGUGGUGGUGGCGCCGCCGACGGGCCGACCGACUUACGGCGAUCGCCGUCUCCGACUGAACCCGAACACAGAGCACAAGCCGGAGCGGUACGACGACCUGGAGACGGAGUUCGAUCCGUCCAUCUUCAGCUCGCUGGAGCGGCACCUGCCCCCGACGAUGCUGGAGGUGCCGCGCGACGCCAAGAUCCAGUUCAUGAAGGAGAUCCUUGCCAGGUACUUGCCCGAGGGUGAGCGAACCAGGGUUCAGAGACACAAAGAAUACAGGCAGAAGAUAAUGUCAGCAUAUCUGCCUCUACAUAGUGACUUAUACAACAUGGAACCCACAACUUUUUUCAUGCCGUCAUUUAUUAAAGCAAUCAAUGACAACACAGAAGAGAGUUUCAGAAGCAUAAUAUCAGAACCCUCCCCUGGAGUUUAUACAUUUGCUAUGCUUCAGCCAAAUUUCUGUGAGUUGUUACUAGAGGAGGUGGAAAAUUUUGAAAAAUGGGUCAAUGCGGUCAAGUUCAAGAUAAUGAGACCAAAUACAAUGAACAAGUAUGGUGCUGUUCUUGAUGAUUUUGGUCUGGAACCUAUGCUUAGCAAGCUUAUGGAAGAAUUCAUAUGUCCCAUGUCUAAAGUAUUUUUCCCUGAGGUUGGUGGAUCAACACUAGACUCGCAUCAUGGUUUUGUGGUUGAGUAUGGAAAAGACAAGGAUCUUGAGUUAGGUUUCCAUGUGGAUGACUCCGAAAUCACGCUAAAUGUAUGCUUGGGCAAGCAAUUCUCUGGUGGUGAAUUAUUUUUUCGAGGCGUUCGAUGUGACAAACAUGUAAACUCAGACACCCAACCUGAGGAAAUCUUAGACUAUUCCCAUGUCCCGGGUCAAGCUAUACUUCAUCGUGGUCGUCAUCGGCAUGGUGCCCGUGCCACAACAUCUGGACAUAGGAUCAAUUUGCUUUUGUGGUGCAGAAGUUCAGUUUUCAGGGAGAUGAAAAAAUAUCAGAAGGAUUUUUCCAGCUGGUGUGGUGAGUGCCAGCGGGAAAGGAAGGAAAGACAGCGUCACUCAGUUGCUGCUACCAAGCUGGCAUUCCUUCGGAGUGGAGGAUCCAUCAUCUAAGCGAUUUUUUUGUUUGUGAUUUAGAUUGGGUGGUUGUAAAAUAGCAUCCUUGUUCUUUCAGAUCCCAAGGAGUUGCCGUUGUAAUUUUCUGUAGUUCUAUAGCCUUGCCCCCUUUCUAAGAUGGUUGUAGUUUGAAGGACAUUUGUAAAUGCUAGUUUCUUUAUUUAUGAGUUUUUUAAUGUCAAAAUCCAGCCCUAAUAUUUUAAGUAGGGAUUGUUAAAUAGUAGCAUCACUUCUGU